AUGGGUGUCGGACGUCGCAUUGGGAAGAAGCAGGGUCCUCCACAGCCGCUUGAUGAGUCCAAGCUAAAAGGUGGUAAAAAGGUGGUAAAGAAGCGGAAAGCGGACAAGGCAGACAGCGCAGGCCAUGCUCCUCAGGGAGUUAAGCGACGAAGAGGAGCUGACGACGAUGAGGAAGACGAAAGGUCCAAAAGCGCAACGACCAAUGGUGCAAGUGCCGGGAAACCAGGAACUGUGAAGCAGAAGAAUAAAAAGGCUUCUUUCACGGAGAGCACACCACACAAGGAUGGGAAGAAGAAAAAGGCGACCAAGCCGGUAGAUAUUCCUGAACCUGACGACUCUGAUGAGGAUAUGGAUGAUGAGAUGCUCGAUGACGAGUUUGGUGAUCUAGACGGGGUCAGUGACGGGUCAGACAAUAUGGAUCAAUUAGAUCAGGAGGAUGAGGAUUCAGAUCUCGAGAGUCAUUCAGCGUUCGAUUCUGACGAGGAACGGCCGAGAGAGAAAAUGUUUUCAGACGACGAGGACCUUUCGGAUGCAGAGGAGAUACUUACCGCUGCCAAUAUAGAGGGUUUGUCGAAGAAAUUGGAUAUGCAGAAGGAAGAAGAGGCUGCACAAGCAGAACUUGAGUUGAAAGAGGCUGCUAUGCAAACGAAUAUCGCAGGCGACGCACCAGAUGUAUUUGCCGAACACGAAAAUCUCACAGCUGGAUUAGCUCCAAACCUCCAAUUGCUUCGAACCAGGAUCACCGAUACCAUUCGUAUUCUUGGAGAUUUGAGCACGUUGGGCCAACCGGGGAAAUCUCGCGCAGACUAUACCGACCUUCUCCUAAACGAUAUAUGUGUGUAUUACGGGUACACACCUUAUCUUGCAGAGAAGCUGUUUUCUCUGUUCACGCCCAUGGAAGCAUUCUCCUUCUUUGAGGCUAACGAGUCUCCUCGACCUAUCGUUAUUCGAACUAACACACUACGCACAAAUCGACGAUCACUUGCUCAGGCAUUAAUCAACAGAGGCGUUGUUUUGGAACCCGUUGGAAAAUGGUCAAAAGUUGGUCUUCAGGUUUUCGAGUCCCCGGUUCCCCUGGGCGCCACUCCAGAAUAUCUUGCGGGUCAUUACAUUCUCCAAGCUGCCUCUUCUUUCCUGCCCGUCAUGGCACUUGCACCACAGCCGCAUGAGCGUAUCCUCGACAUGGCAGCUGCUCCAGGUGGUAAGACUACAUAUGCCUCUGCGCUGAUGCGAAAUACUGGCAGCAUCCUUGCCAACGAUGCCAGCAAAACCCGUGCAAAGGGUCUGAUUGGAAAUAUCCAUCGGCUGGGAUGUAAGAAUACUAUUGUCUCAAACCUUGAUGCACGAACGGCAUUUCCCAAGGCCGUCGGAGGCUUUGACCGGGUCCUGCUCGAUGCGCCAUGUUCUGGAACCGGCGUCAUCUCCAAGGACCCGAAGGUGAAGACCUCCAAGACAGAGCGUGACUUUCUAGCUCUGCCACACAUGCAGAAGCAGCUACUUCUUGCUGCCAUCGACUCUACCAACCACGCCUCAAAAACAGGAGGAUAUAUAGUCUACUCAACAUGUAGUGUUACGGUUGAAGAGAACGAGGGCGUUGUACAGUACGCGCUGAGGAAACGGCCAAACGUGAAGAUAGUCGAUACAGGGCUGGGAAGCUUUGGAACCCCCGGAUUCAAAAGCUACAUGAACAAAAAGUUCGACGACAAGAUGCCGCUGACUAGACGGUACUAUCCCCACCGUGAAAACGUCGACGGCUUCUUCGUCUGCAAGCUGAAAAAGACCGGCCCCAGCCCUGCGGAGACGACCCAGAAGGUACCAGGCACCGCCGAAAGUGAAGGCGGCGAGGAGGCCGUUGAUAGGACCCCCAUAGCUGCGGAGAACGGGGAUGCCGACGAAGACGGAUUCGGCCCAUUCAACGAGGAAGAGGACGAGCAGUACAUCGCCCGCGCUCAGAGGAACAGGCUCCGUCGCCAGGGCAUCAACCCCAAGGCAGCCACGGCAAGAAGAAUGACAAUAUCGAGAACAAGAAGAAGCAAUACCGGGCAAGGGUGA